UCAAACGGUGCUUUACCCCUUCCCAAAAUCCCCCUCCCCCCGUCCUCCCACUUGGAGCGGCCGUCUUCUUAUUGGAGACCACCACCACCACCGAUAUAUACGAAUCCCCGGAGCCCUAGAAUAGUUUCCAUCGGGAGGGAGAGGGGGGGAGAGGGAGGGAGAGAGGGAGGCGUGGAGCUUGCGAGCUCCUCUAGUAAUGGCGGAUGAGGCGCCAAGGAAGGGCAAGAAGGAGACCGCCCCAGGGGCCCUCCUCCUAGGCCGCUACGAGGUGGGUAAGCUCCUCGGCCAUGGCACGUUCGCCAAGGUCUACCACGCCCGCAAUGUCAACACCGGUGAGUGCGUGGCCAUCAAGGCCCUCGACAAGGAAACGAUUCUCAAGGGCGGCCUUGUCGCCCACAUCAAGCGCGAGAUCGCCAUCCUCCGCCGCGUCCGCCAUCCCUACAUCGUCCAGCUCUUCGAGGUCAUGGCCACCAAGACCAAGAUUUACUUCGUCAUGGAGUACGUCCGCGGCGGCGAGCUUUUCUCCAAGGUUGCCAAGGGACGCCUCAAGGAGGACAUCGCUCGCCGCUACUUCCAGCAGCUCGUCUCCGCCGUCGGCUUCUGCCACGCCCGCGGCGUCUUCCACCGCGAUCUCAAGCCCGAGAACCUCCUCGUCGACGACAACGGCGACCUCAAGGUCUCCGACUUUGGUCUCUCUGCCGUAUCCGACCAGAUCCACCAAGACGGCCUCUUCCACACCUUCUGCGGCACCCCGGCCUACGUCGCCCCUGAGAUCCUCGCCCGCAAGGGCUACGACGGCGCCAAGGCCGACAUCUGGUCGUGUGGCGUCAUCCUCUUCAUCCUCAUGGCCGGAUAUCUCCCCUUCCAUGACCAGAACAUCAUGGCCAUGUACCGGAAAAUCUACAAAGGAGAGUUUCGGUGCCCGCGGUGGUUCUCGCCCGACCUCACCCGCCUCCUCACCCACCUGCUCGACACAAAUCCCCAGACGAGAUUCACCAUCCCCCAGAUCAUGGACAACCGGUGGUUCAAGAAGGGUUUCCGCCACAUCCGGUUCUACAUCGAGGAUGACCAAUUGCAUAGCCUGGAAGACUUUGACGGCGGUGGUGGCAGCGCCUCGCUGCAGGACCAGCAGGAGAAUCCGGAGGAAGCCGAGGCCUCCGAGUCCGGGUCGGAGUCCGACUCCUCCGUUGCAUCCUGCCCUGCGACCCUUUCUGAAGAGCGCCGGAAGGCAGGGCUCCCGCGGCCGGCCAGCUUGAAUGCGUUCGAUAUAAUCUCGUUCUCAAGGGGUUUCAAUCUGUCCGGGCUGUUUGAGGAGAGAGGGGAGGAGUCCAGGUUUAUCUCGGGGGAGCCCGUGUCGAAAAUUAUAUCCAAAAUGGAGGAGAUUGCGAACUUGGUGAGCUUCACGGUGAGGAAGAGGGAUUACCGGGUCAGCUUGGAAGGGACGAGGGAGGGAGAGAAGGGGCCGUUGACGAUAGCUGCAGAGAUUUUUGAGCUCACCCCAUCGCUUGUGGUGGUCGAGGUGAAGAAGAAGGCAGGGGAUAAAGAUGAGUACGAGGAGUUUUGGAACAAGGAGCUGAAGCCAGGGUUGCAGAAUCUCAUGUACAGGUCGCAUUCCAUGGCCAAUAUUGCUUCUGAUACCGAGUAGAAAGAUAACAAGAAGCACAAUUUGAUGGCACAUUGAGCCUUCUCAUUAGGUGACGAGGUUCUUAUGUUACAAAGGUAUGGUUAUUCUUUGAGAAAAAUCUGUUGAGAACAACGCUGUCUGGUUUAACGUAAACUUUGGCAGCUUCCUUAACAUGAACAUGAAAUCUCUUUGGACUUUUUAGCAUUAUGGAUGAUAAUCAAAACAUCUUAUUCCAUCUUAUCCUAGUAGCUUGAAUUGAGAAAGAAGACCAGAAUGAUUGACAUGAGCUU